CUAUCCGCCCAUCUCUGUGGUAGCCGGGUGCCGGGGCCCCGUCCCCCGCCCCUUUUCGGCGGCCGCGAGUUCUUCGGACUCUACCCUGAGCGGACCCGGGGGCUACCGGGCUCUCGCGUCGGUCGGAUCCCGGGUCAUGGCGGUCCGGGGGCCCGCGCCCCGGGCUGGCGCCCGCAUUCGUAAACCGUUCUUUCUGCAUGGCCUGCGCCCUGCCCACCAACAGCUGUAGAUAAGCUUGGUAACUGCUCUCUAAGGCUCUGUUGUCCUUUUAGGACUCUCUCUGCUUCUCCUGCUUCUCUUCUUCAGGCCCAGGUUAGAUCUGCAAUUUUUCCAGCGGUUCCUGCAGAUACAGAAGGUUUUGUUUCCCUCUUGGUCAUCACAGAAUGCCUUGAUGUUCCUGACCCUUUUGUGUGUGGCCCUACUGGAACAACUGGUGAUCUACCGGGUUGGCUUGAUUCCCAGUCAGUACUUUGGGGUCCUAGGAAACAAAGAUUUAAAUGGGUUUAAGACCCUGACGUUCCUGGCUGUUGUGCUCAUCGUCCUCAACUCCAUGCUGAAGAGCUUUGACCAGUUCACCUGCAACCUGCUGUAUGUGAGCUGGAGGAAGGACCUCACCGAGCACCUCCACCGCCUCUACUUCCGGGGCCGCGUGUACUACACCCUCAACGUGCUGCGGGAUGACAUCGAUAACCCGGACCAGCGCAUCAGCCAGGACGUGGAGCGGUUCUGCCGGCAGCUCAGCAGCAUGGCCAGCAAGCUGAUCAUCUCCCCCUUCACCCUCGUCUACUACACCUAUCAGUGCUUCCAGAGCACCGGCUGGCUCGGGCCUGUGAGCAUCUUUGGGUAUUUCAUUCUGGGAACCGUGGUGAACAAAAUGUUGAUGGGUCCCAUUGUGGCAAAGCUGGUGCAGCAGGAGAAGCUGGAGGGGGAUUUCAGGUUCAAGCACAUGCAGAUCCGGGUGAAUGCUGAGGCUGCUGCUUUUUUCAGAGCUGGGCAUGUGGAGCACAUGAGGACAGACCGCAGGCUGCAGAGACUCCUUCAGACCCAGAGGGAGCUGAUGUCCAAGGAGCUCUGGCUGUACAUCGGCGUCAACAUGUUUGACUAUCUGGGCAGCAUCCUGAGUUACGUCGUGAUCUCAAUCCCCAUUUUCAGCGGUGUCUACGGAGACCUGAGCCCCACAGAGCUCAGCACCCUGGUCAGCAAGAACGCCUUUGUGUGCAUGUACCUCAUCAGCUGCUUCACCCGGCUCAUCGAUCUCUCCACCACGCUCUCCGAUGUGGCAGGCUACACACACAGGAUCGGGGAACUUCAGGAGACCCUGCUGGACAUGACCCUGAAGUCGCAGGAUGGGGAGGUCCUGGACGAGAGCGAGUGGGACUUGGCCAGGGCCCCGGGAUGGCCAGCAACAGAGCGAACAGAUACAGCUUUUCUCCUUGAGCGGGUCUGCAUCUCCGCCCCCUCCUCUAACAAACCCUUAAUCAAGGAUCUGAGCCUGAAGAUCUCUGAGGGACAGAGCUUGCUUAUCACAGGCAACACGGGCACCGGCAAGACCUCCUUGCUCCGGGUUCUGGGUGGCCUCUGGGCAAGCACAUGGGGCUCAGUGCAGAUGCUGACGGACUUUGGACCCCACGGGGUGCUCUUCCUGCCACAAAAGCCAUUCUUCACUGAUGGGACCCUUCGGGAGCAGGUGAUAUAUCCCUUGAAGGAGAUCUACCCGGACUCAGGUGCUGCUGAUGAUGAGAGGAUCAUGAGGUUCCUGGAGUUGGCAGGCCUGUCCAGCUUGGUGGCAAGGACAGAGGGUCUGGACCAGCAGGUCGAUUGGAACUGGUAUGAUGUUCUGUCCCCAGGAGAGAUGCAGAGGCUCUCCUUUGCCCGGCUCUUCUACCUGCAGCCGAAGUACGCAGUGCUUGAUGAAGCCACCAGUGCCCUGACCGAGGAGGUGGAGAGCGAGCUCUACCGCAUCGGCCAGCAGCUGGGCAUGACAUUCAUCAGCGUGGGCCAUCGGCGCAGCCUUGAGAAGUUUCACUCCUUGGUUCUGAAACUCUGUGGAGAAGGAAGGUGGGAGCUGACCAGAAUCAAAGUGGAAUGAAGCCAAGGCUGGCCACCGGCAGGAGAGCCGAGCCCAGGAGGUCGAGUCCCCAGGAGAGACCAGGAGGGCUGAUGGGGCAGGGAAGGAGCUCCAGGUUUGCCUCACAGGUCCGGUGUGGGGAGCACCAGCAGCAGUGGGCUCGGCCCGCGUGUGGCCCCGCACAGGACGCCCACCCUGCCAGGGUGCCUCCUGCUGCCGCAGCCAGAGCUUCGUGCACUUGAAGUGCUGAUUACUUACGUGUAACCUCGGAUCGUGUUUUCUAAAGAAAACCUGACAGUGUGGGAUCUAUAAGAAAUGAAGGGUCAAAAUGGAGAGUGUAUUGGACUUGGAGUCAAGAGAUCCAGAAAUCUUUUGGAAUACAUCAGUUUUGCAACAGUAGAUUUUUAACUUUAAUCAACUAUUUAAAUUUUAUAACUUUUUUUAAAAGAAAAGAUAAACAUGUUUUUAAACUUG